AUGAUUCUCCUACGUUUAUUAUUUCUAAUUUAUUUCACAAAUGCAAUAUAUCUUUAUUUUGAUCGUGAUUCUUACGAUAUACAAAUACCUGAAUCAACACAAGUUUAUACAAAAAUUGGUUUAAUAAAAGCUACUUCAUCUCCAUCAUUAUCAAUACAAUAUGAACUUCAUGGAGAUACAAAUAAAACAUUCUAUUUAAAUUCUCUUACAGGUGAAUUAAUUCUAUUGAAUGCUGUUGAUUAUGAAACAAUAUCAAUUUAUAAAUUAACCAUUGAAGCACGUUCAUCAUCAAUAAUUGCACCUUGUUUUAGUGAAUUAAUAAUUCAUAUUAUAAAUAUCAAUGAUAAUCCACCUGAAAUAAAUUUAAUUAUUUAUCCGUCAGUUUUAUAUGAAUUUAAUAUAAUAAAAUAUGAUUUAAAAUCUUCUUCAACACCAUUUGCAACAAUAAAUAUAAAAGAUCCUGAUGAUUCAACACAAUAUUUAAGUUUAUCUUUAAAUGAUACCGAACAUUUUCAAAUACAAUUAAUUCGACAAUUUAAAAAUGAUUUAAUCUAUAUAUUAUCAACAAAAAAUAAUUCACAAUUAAUUCAUCAAGAUUAUUAUUAUUUACUAUUAAAUUCAUGUGAUAAUGAUCAACCCAUAUUAUGCACAAAUCAAUCAUAUAGAUUUUAUAUGAAAUCAAAUGAAUAUUUAUGUAAUUUAUCAUUUAAUCAAAAAAAUUAUAUUAUUGAUGUAAAAGAUAAUUUAUCGGAUAAAACACUUUUAAUGCAUAAAAUAACAAAUAAAUUUUGUGAAAAUCUUACUUAUUCAAUAGAUGAUAAAGAAAAAUUUUAUAUGGAUUCUCAAACAGGUGAUUUAUUUUCAAUAGGAAAAUUUAAUCGAAUUGAACAAAGCAUAUACAUGAUUCAUCUUUUUAUAAAUAAUCAUUUUAAAGUAAAAAUUUUCGUAAGAUUACUGGAUCAAUAUGGAAAUAUACCAUUUUUAAUAAAUAAAAAUUUGAUUAUUAAUCGAAAGAAAUUUUCAUUUGUACAUAUAUUUAAUUCAACAUUUUGUCGACCUCAAACAAUAAUUGAAGAUUAUUUUCAACUUUUAUCGAAUUGUACAAUUAUAUCUUUAGUAAAACCACCAAAAGGUCAAUAUUUAUUCAAUGUUGAACUUAUUCAACGAGAAAAUUUUCAAGAUACAUUUUUACUCGAACUUAUUGGAGAAAACGAAGAUGAAAUCAUUCAUCGAUCAACAUUUACUCAAUCGCAAUGGAUCGCUAUUAUGCCUAUUAUAUUAAGUAUUUUAGUCGUUAUUGGAAUAAUCAUUGUUGCCAUAACUAUUAUUAAACAAAAACACUAUAAAUUCAAUCAAUUAUGUUUUGAUAAACAGAAUACGUCAUCAUUAUCAACAUAUGACAAUAGUGAAGAUGAUAAGGGUCAUUAUAACAAAUAUGAUGCAUUUCCAAGUAUUUCAAAAUUAAGAGUACAUGAUGAUUAUGAAUUAGCACCAUCAUCAAGAAGUACACCAAUAUAUUUAAUACAAAAAUCAUCACCACCAUUAUCAUCAUUAAGUCCAGCACGUGAUGAUGAAGGUUAUUCAGGAAGUUCCGAUGUAUCAGAAAAUCAUUUACCAUUAGAAUCAACAAUUAUAUCUGGUAAUGGACCACUUGAACAGUAUCAUAUACAUGCAUUUCCUGAUCAACAAUCAAUAUCAGCUUUAUAUGAUGUACCAAGACGAUAUAAUGAUGGAAUGAAUAUAUCUUGUAUUUCACGGGAUGUAACACUUGUAUAA